GAAAAAUAUCAAACACUAGUGCUUUUAGGUGAAACUGGCUGUGGGAAAAGCACACAAGUCCCACAGGUAAUUUGCUCAUAAUAAUUUAUAAAAAAUUACAAAUAAAAGUGCCUGUGAAAAUUUCAAUACAUAAAUAAUACUUAAAUAGAAAAAACAAUUUAAUUCAAAUAAUAUUAAAAUACUUAUUAAUAAAAUGAGUAAGUGACGAUAACUAAAGUUAUACUAUAGACAAAAAGAUUUUGACUGAUAAGCUGAAGGAUACUACCUCAUUGCAAAAUUUAAAAGUCAUUUGAUCAAUUUUCAAACUUUCUGUACAUUAAAGCGUUAAUAUACAUUGACAGAUAAAUAUCUUGAAUGACGCCUGACAAUGAUAAGAUAAAUGAAAAAUUUUACUACGGAAGUAACAUAAAAGUAAAAAAAAAUUUAUAUCAAUUUAUUUGUCUUUAUCGACAUAAUACUUGAUUAUUACAAAGUUUUUUUCUUAACUCAACAACAGUUUUCACGUUAAACAUCAAGCAUGAUGAUCAAAGUGGUGUCACUAAUUCAAGAAAAGCGAUCAAUUAUUGCAUUUUUUGCUGUGUAUAUAUGUUUCUGUUUGAUAAUGGAUGUGCGACUUUACUACAGAGUACAAGAUUAUUCAGUUCGACCUAUCAAAGAUAGUUUGGAUUACCAAUCGAAUGUUCCAUGUGAUUUAAAUCCAUUUUGCGUAGUGACAGUUAAAGGAUUAAUGUUAGACUAUUUGAAUUUUUAUGUGUUUAGUCCUUUAGCAGCUUUAGUUGACAGAAUUUUUGGAUUAAGUAAAUGGGAAUGGUUGUCACCAAAUCAUAUAAGUUUUUUCCACGUAUUGGUCGCCAUUCUUGCUGGAAAACUGAUCUCAAGUAAGUCUUUAUCACAACGAAAACUGGGAGUUUUAGUCUUCCAAAUUCGCUCAUGGCUUGAUGACCUCGACGGACUUAUAGCAAGAAAAAGAAAACAUAUUGGAGGUGAACACUCUGAUGUAGGUAGCACUGGAUAUUUUGUGGAUGCCAUAUGUGAUUCUUUAGGAAGUGUUGCUCUCUUGAUAGGAAUUUUUUUCUGCCUUAAAAAUACCUUAGCAAGACGUGGUGGAUAUAUUAGACUUCAACCUUUAGUACCGUCCAUAACAGAAGGUCCGAUUGGUUCCUGUGUUGUACACAAAAAAAAGAUGACUUCAAAAAAUGUCUUACCAUCAGUUGUACUUAUUACUGGAUCAUUAGUAGCUUCAAGUCUUGCAUGGAAUCGAUAUAUUGAUUUAUAUCAAAACCUUCUUGAAGGAAAUUAUAAAAAUCGAGCUAUCUCCCAUGAAGAUUUUUAUAACAGACAAACUGUGGUCAUCCGUAGCAUAUUUUUCUGGAUAAUAACCACUUCGUGGAGGCUCAUUAACCCUCACGCACUUACAGAUUACCUCUUAAUAGCUGUUUUUGUAGAUAGACUUUGGGAAUACAUACAGUCUGCUCGCUGGAUUAGCUACAUAGUUAUUUUUAUACUUAUUUAUUUGUCAGAUUUUCAUUAUAUUCAAAAUUAUCGAUUUAUUUGGAAUAUCGAAUCUACUGUAAGCGCAGACAACUUUUAUGUAAAUUCGAAUAAUUCUUUAGUUUUAUAAUAGUUUAAAGAUAAC